AUUAUCUUUUUGCAUCUCGUAGCAGCUUUGAUUUUGAGUUGAACCGUCUUUCAAUUCCUUUUACCUUGAAACAAAUCACCAUGAAGUGUACAUUGGCCACCCUUGUGCUUGCGGCCGUCGCAGCCGCUGCACCAACAUACCAAGCCCCAGAUUCCUUCAAGAUCAAAAGUGUUGUAUCUGGCGGCUCGGGAUGUCCUCAAGGCAGCAUCGACAUUGACUGGACUGAGCAAGGCAUUCUACCCAUCUACUUCAACAAACAAUUCACCGCACGCGUAGGCAGCGGCAAAGGCCCCGAAGAGUCACGGAAGAAUUGCCAAAUCAAUCUCGGUCUCGAGUUCAGCCCAGGCUUCUCUUUUGCCGUCUUCCGCGCCGACUACUCUGGCUGGGGCGAGCUUGACACUGGCGUCACGGGCGUUGUCAAGUCAACCUACUACUUUUCCGGCGAGCAAGACCAAACCUCGUCGGCGCUCGUCAUUAAUGGACCGUUCAACGGCAAAUAUUACAAGCAGGACAACGUACCGGCGGCAGUCUGGUCACCCUGCGGCAAGGACGCCAUGUUCAACAUUAACAGCGAGGUUGCCCUGACGCCGUUUGCUACGCCUGCUAAUGGCGUGCUUGCUGCAACCAAGGAGUCUGGCAGGUUUACAUCCAAUUUGUACUUCCAGUGGAAGAAGUGCUAAGCUUGGUAUAUUGUUAUCAUGGGAGUUGAUGGACUGGUGUUUUGUUUUACUUGGUAGUACAUGGUCGUUUCCUGUUUCAAAACCUUGUUAUGUACAAUGGGUCUUUCAAAUGAAAAGUAUAUUUUGUUACACAUACACUCAGGUGCUCCGAGUCCUUUUGCUUAGUAACAUGCGAUGUUAUAACUAGUUAUGUCACUUGCCAAUUUC